GGACUUCCUUCGGGGAUUCCACUGCAGCGAGCAGCCGAGGAGCGGAGGUGACACGUAAGUUAAGGGCUGGAAGGUGGCCAGGGCAGGCAGGGAAGUUUCCUUUGUUUCCCGUUCAGGUGGUUGCAGAGUAAGGCGAGCAGGAGGGGAGGGAGCUGGUUAACAGAGACCCCCCCCCGGUAAAGCAGGCAGGAGGGGAGGGAGCUGAUGCACAGAGACCCCCCCUCUUAGAGCGGGCAGGAGGGGCGGGAGCUGAUGCACAGAGAGCCCCCCCCCCUUAGAGCAGGCAGGAGGGGAGGGAGCUGAUGCACAGAGACACCCCCCCUUAGAGCGGGCGGGAGCUGAUGCACAGAGACCCCCCCCUUUAGAGCGAGCAGGAGGGGAGGGAGUUGAUGCACAGAGACACCCCCCUUUAGAGCGAGCAGGAGAGGAGGGAGCUGACAGAGAAACACGCUCGCCCUCUGACCAUCUCCCAAAGCAACCCCAGCAGGAGAGCAGGGAGCUGCUAUACAGAGUCCCCCUAACCCAGCACCCACAGACACACUGGUACCCUGGGCAGGAGCACUGCAGCGCACAUACCGCCCCAGGCCAUAAGACCCGCAGAUAGAAUGGCAGGGACCAGGGGAGCUGCUGUGUAAAGACACUCCCCCCCAUCCUCCAGCACGCGCCCAGUCACCCCAGCAGAUGAGCUGCUGCCCCCACCUCUCCCCGCCCUAGAGUAAGGCAGGAGGGGGGCAGGAAGCUGCUCUCUAGAGCAGAGACAUCCGCCCCCAUCCACCCGCCGGCGGCCACCGAGCCCCCUUCCCGCGGCAGAGAGCCCCCGGGCUGCAGCAUGCUCGGGACGGGCGGGCUGCGGAGAGCUCCCGGGUUUCAGGGCAGUAGCAGUGGGAGGGGGCUGAACUAAGCGCUCAGGGUCCCCUCCUCCCGGCUCUGUCCCUUGGUGCCCAAUGCUGCCUCCUCCUCCUCCUCCAGCUGCUGCUAAACCGCCUGGGGUGGGGGGGCUCCGGGACCCGAGGAGGGACUAUGGGCAACGGGAUGUGCUCCCGAAAACAGAAGCGGAUUUUCCAGACCUUUUUGCUCCUGACCGUCGCGUUCGGCUUCCUCUACGGGGCCGUGCUGUACUACGAGUUACAGAGCCAGCUGAGGAAAGCCGAGGCGGUGGCGCUCAAGUACCAGCAGCACCAAGAGUCGCUCUCAGCCCAGCUACAAGUUGUCUAUGAGCACAGGUCAAGAUUAGAAAAGUCUUUACAGAAGGAAAGGCUUGAACAUAAGAAAGCAAAAGAAGACUUUCUUGUUUAUAAAUUGGAAGCACAAGAAACACUAAAUAAAGGAAGGCAAGAUUCAAAUAGCAGAUAUAGCACAUUGAAUGUACAACACCAGAUGUUGAAGAGUCAACAUGAAGAACUAAAGAAACAGCAUGCAGACCUCGAGGAGGAACACCGAAAACAAGGAGAAGACUUUAGAAGAACAUUCAGCGAUCACAAGCAGAAAUCUGUACAAAUACAAGAAGAGAAAGAGCAGGAACUUUCCAAGCUAAAGGAAUCUCUGUAUAAUUUGCGAGAGGAGAAUAGACAGCUGAGAAAAGCACACCAAGAUAUUCAUACCCAGCUACAAGAUGUCAAGUCCCAGGUAGAAGAAUAUAAACAACUGAAGGACACACUCAACAAAAUGCCAAGUUUUCGACAACCUGAAAAGUUAGAGCAGCCAAAUGUUCCACAGGAAGCGACAGUGGCAGGAGCAACACCUCCAAAUAGUGACCUCCCACCACAUGAGAAAAAUGCAGCUGAAGAGCAAAAAGAGGUACCCCAGAAUAAGGAGAAGCCACAGGAAAGGGAAGAAAUAAAUUCCAAGAGAAGAGAAGAUGGAGAUGAACCUUUACAUUUGAGCAGAAAAGCAAAUGAGGGUCACCCUCACAAGGAACUGAAUAUUCAGGAGCAACAAGAAGCAGGAGAAGAUGAAGAGCAACACAUGGACCAAGUUGAAGAGGAACACAAAAAAGAACUCGAGGAAGAGGAAAUGGAGCAGGCAGGGCAACCUGAGAACUUGGUGGAAGAACAGGAUCAAGCACCAGAAGAACAUGACUGGAAAGAACAGGAACAUAAAGAGGAAGCAGCCAACGUGCUGGGUGAACGCAUUCACUCAGAGAGUGUAACAAAAAGAUACAAACUGGCCUAUGAAGAACAGUUGGAACAACAGCAUCUGGCCGCCCGAAGAGCUGAAGAAGCCAGACAGCUAAGGGAACAUCAGGAAUCUCUACACCAGCAGAGGCUGAAAGGGCAGUUAUUACGGCAGCAGCAGCUUCAAGAAAAAGAGCUUGCACUACGGAGAGAGGCUGAACGAGGAGAAGAGCAGUACAGAAACCAGCUAAGCCAACAAGCUCAUUAUGACAAUAUGGACCAUGAUAUUGUACAAGGAGAAGAGGGGCAAGGCAUCCACGAAGAGGAUGGAGUGUAUGAAAGGGACAAUCAGCACCAAGAUGAAGCUGAAGAAGUAGAAGACCAAAUUAAUGCAAAUGAGCAGCAAGAACCAGAGCAUCAAAUAGAGAACCAGCAGGCAGACGAGCCAGCGAAGGCAGCUGUGGAAGAUGUGAACCCAGCUGAUGAUCCUAACAAUCAGGGAGAGGAUGAGUUUGAAGAAGCUGAACAAGAGAGAGAAGAGAAUCUGCCAGAUGAGAAUGAGCAGCACAAACAAAAUAAUCAGAAGCAGGAUUCUCCUGCGAUGGAGGAACAUUUAGUGAUGGCAGGAAAUCCUGACCAGCAAGAAGAUAAUGUGGAUGAACAGUACCAAGAAGAGGGAGAAGAAGAGGUCCAAGAAGAUUUGACUGAAGAGAAGAAAAAGGAACUGGAACACAAUGCUGAAGAGCCAUAUGGUGAAAAUGAUGAAAAUGCUGAUGAAAAAAACAAUGAAGCUGCAGACCGUGAGCAAGGAGAUCAUGAAGACAACAACCAAAAAGAAGGUCAUGAAGAAAAUUAUGAGGAGGAAGAGGAAGAUGAGGAGGAAGGUGGCGCCAUUGCAGCAAAAGCCCAUAGAAGAGGGGAAAUGUAACUCUGUUGUUUUAGGGGUUAUGUUCAACAAAAGAUUCUUGCUUGAAACGAACUUUUUUCUAAGGAUAUUUAAUUACAAUAAUUCAAAGUUUGCCUUUUAUGUUUUUUACUUUUCUAUUAGAUGCUUUCAUACAUAUAUGUGAAUACACUAUUUUGAUAUUCUAGAUUAGCAUCUCUUUUAUAUUAAGGCAACACAAAGACAGACAAUGGAAUAGGUCUCAUUCUUGUCAUAAUUCUGGUAAUGUUUUAAAAGAGCAUUUUGGGUAUAAAUUUAAACUUUCCUAUUGUCCAAGUUUGGAAAGAGCAUUCGAUCUACACUGUAACUUAUAUGCGAAGUGAUCUCGUGCCUAAAACUACUCAACCUUAGUCACUCAAUUUCAUUGCCUUCAGUGAUUCAUGGGUGAGUAAGGGCUAGCUGAAUUACACACUGAAGCCCCAAUCCUGAAAUGCUUAUGUGCUUAACUUUUAGGCCACAAUGAGUAGUCUCAUUGGCUUUAAUGGGACUGUUUGCAUGCUUAAAGAUAAACAUGGGCAUAUGUGUUUGCAGGAUCAGGUCUCAGCGUGUAGAUGCAGUGCAACUUUAAAACAUGCAAGCUAUAAAAGCUUUAAGAAUACGGUGCUGUUAAUAGCUGUUAAGGUUAACAGCUGUUUAUGUACAAUUAUUAUAAACUUAAUUUUAAUGUGUAUCAAGGUGCUUCAGUUACAAAAAUCACAGCAGAUAAUAAAAGAUGGUCUGCGGGUAAAGUACGUGUAGAAUGCAUUACGUAAAGAACUACUCAGACAAUCAUAGAUCCAAAAUCAAAAUAGUCCCAUCGGUUGAAAAUAUACUCUGCACAAGAAGAAUGAAGGUUUACAGGAAGAACAACUGGGUGAUACUCAAACUAGUUCAUAAAAUGUUUAUCUGGCCCACUAUCAUCAAAAGAUUUUAAUUAUCAUUUGUGUGUAAGGCCCGUUGAACAUGCAUUUUGGAGAGUAAAAGGGCUUAAGGCAUUUUAAGUGAGUUAAUAGGACUGGUACAAGAUAUCCUCUUCUGAAUUUAGGCCCCCACAUUUCUUGCGGCGGUCAUCCAGAGGGAUGUCUAUAUAUAUUGUUGUGCUCAGCUGGUGAAUAGCAAACCAGUGACAACACUUCUGUAAGCACACUGCAGUGUGUUUUGCUUCCCUUUAGCACUGCAUGCCAAAAUGUUAACGUACUGGGCCUCUGGUAAGUUAGUAUUAAGUUAUACCAAGUCCUACAAUUAAUGUAAUUGAGAUGCAUGAAAAUAUACAAUAUUUGUACUGUUACACACCUUUACUGUUUAAAUUAAAGGGGUUAGGCCUAACGGCUAUAAUCUAACCAUUGUGGUACUCUUGAAUUAACCCCUGGAGAAUGGAGACCUGGAUUUCCUAGGCUAUGUCCCAUUGCUGGAAAUGAGGCAUACCAUCGCUACAAGCGUGAAGGUGUUAAUAUAUAAAGGAAAGUGUGUUUCUUUCUCUUUAAUUUUUUUUUGAAUGAUACAUAAGUAAUAUUUUUUUAGUUUAGCUUUUUAAUAUGAUUGUAAUUUAAUUCAAUUUCUACUAACUCAAUUAUACUUUUUUAAAGAUGGUUUUACUAUUUCUAAUUUUUUUUAAGUGCCCUAUAUAUUUCUUACAUUUCAUAGGAAUAUUUUGGUCAACGUGUAUUUUGGAUUUUCUGGUUACCAUAUUUACAUUAUGUAUAAAAAUGCCUGUUUAUGUAAUUCUGUAAAAUGUAUAAUAUGUAGAUAGUCUUCAGAAUACAAUUAUUUUGAUAAAUUGGUCUGUUGUUUUUUUAAUGUCACUGUUGCAGAACUUAAUUAUUUGAGGCAUAAUAAAAACUUGCCUGCAGUCAAUAAAGCUAGAAUGUGGGUUACCAA